CUAAGACGCUUGCUUGAUGUAUCAUGUAAAUAAAAUAUUAGCCAAAAAGAGAUUAUAUAAAGCUUAGCCUUCUUCCAUUCAGAGACACUAAGAACCGCAGAAAAAGUGAGAACAGUGUGAAGCAAAAUCCAAGCACAAUCCAAAUGGAUCUGCAGAAAUUGAAUCUCGAUAAUACAAAUGAAACCGAAAACUCUUUUGUGAAGGACCAAAACUAUGCACAUAUUGAAUCUUUAUUGAGAACCCAACAAAGAGAAGUUCUAGUAAUUGGAGUAUGGGGCAUGGGCGGUAUAGGUAAGACAACCAUUGCUGCUGCUAUAUUUGAAGAGUUCUCUCCCAAAUAUGAAGUCAGUUGUUUCUUGGCAAAUGUAAGAGAAGAAUCAUCAAAGCAUGGAGUCAAAUACAUAUUCAAUAAGCUUCUUUGUGAGUUACUACAAGAAGAUAUUCAUAUUGAUACCCCCACAAUCAUAUCCUCUACUAUUAUGAGUAGAUUGAGGCACAAGAAAGCUCUUAUUGUUCUAGAUGAUGUGAAUAGUUCUGAUCUUCUUGAUAAUGUGCUCGGAGUAGGACACGAUUAUCUAGGAGUUGGUAGCAGAGUCAUUGUGACAACUCGAGAUAGGCAUGUCCUUACAUGUAGAGCCGUUGACCAAAUUCUUGAAGUCAAGGAAAUGAACUAUCAUAACUCCCUUAAACUCUUUAGCUUGAAUGCCUUUAACCAGAUCCAUCCACCUGAGAAUGGAUUCCAGGAGCUAUCGAAGAGAGCAGUUGCUUACGCCAAAGGCAACCCUUUAGCUCUAAAGGUUUUGGGAAACAGACUCAGAGAUUGA